AUGAUUUUCUAUUCCUUUGAUCUCUUUUCUUUUCCUUUCAUUUUUCCCACAGUUUCUAGCCAACCAAACAGAGGAUAGAUUGUCAUUUCAUGGAUGGUCCGUACUCUGCAACACCCUGACACCCACAUUAAUAUCCCUCUCUCCCUUCUCCCUUAGAAUCCGCCAUUAAUACUACUACUCUGCAAUUCUCUCUCUGUAUUUGAAAACCUCAAAAAGAAGGAACACCAUUAAUUUCUUUCUCUCUCCGAGUCACUUUCCCACACUUUCUCUCUCUUUCUCUUGUUCUUUUGUUUCAAUGAUGAUUCAAUUUCUGGGUGUGUGUAUAUAUCAGCAUUGAAUGCAGACCCAGCUUCAAAGUCGCUGCAACUCCUUCACACUCUUGGUAGUAGUGGUAAUAAUAAUCAAUACCCAAAUCACUUCGAUUUUCCCUAGAUAAGAUCAAUAUAGCAUUUACUUUCUCUUGUACAUGAUUCGUUUUGACAGGUCUUGUCAUCUUUUCUUCUUCUCUCUGAAGUUUUUUUUGUUGAGGUUUUGAGGGUUUUGUUUUUUCGUUUUUUUUUGGUGUUCCAUUGUUGGUGGGUGUUUGGUUGUCAAGAAUAUUAAAGUAGUAGAACAGCAAGAGGAGUGGGAGAAUGGGGAGAACACCUUGUUGUGAUAAGAGGGGGUUGAAGAAAGGCCCGUGGACUCCUGAAGAAGAUCAAAUCCUUGUUGAUUACAUCAACAAGAAUGGCCAUGGAAGCUGGCGUUCUCUUCCUAAGAAUGCAGGUCUCCUCCGCUGUGGGAAAAGUUGCAGACUCCGAUGGACCAAUUAUCUUAGACCAGACAUUAAGCGAGGACCCUUCACUACUGAUGAAGAGAAGCUUGUUAUACAGCUUCAUGGCAUCCUAGGAAACAGGUGGGCUGCCAUUGCCUCUCAACUGCCCGGAAGGACCGAUAAUGAGAUCAAGAACCUAUGGAACACCCACUUGAAGAAGCGCCUGCUUGGAAUGGGGCUUGACCCACAAACCCAUGAGCCCUCGGCUACUUCCUGUGGGCCAAUAGCAAAACCACCUUCGUCCCCUUCAACCCGGCACAUGGCGCAAUGGGAGAGUGCUAGACUAGAAGCGGAGGCUCGGCUCUCAAGGGAGUCAUUACUGUCCAACCCACCACCACCACCUUUGGGAAGAAAUAACGAUUCGGACUAUUUCCUACGCCUAUGGAAUUCUGAGGUUGGAGAAUCAUUCCGCAACAAGGGACAGAAACCUACAUGUCAAAGCCCAGUUUCUCAGGCAUCUUCAUCAACAAAAUGUGGCUCAGUUUCAGGCGUUACUACAAUGGAGACAUGCCCCACGGUGAGCAAUAAAAUUGAAGAUACCCCUCAAAAUGCAAUGGCAGGAUCAGAUUGCUCAAGCACCAACGAGCUGGAGGAUUCAUCGGACACAGCAUUACAGCUGCUGUUUGAUUUCCCAGUUAAUAAUGACAUGAGUUUUCUAGAAGGAAACCUCGACACCUAUCCCACAUUCCCUGCUAUGUUGUCUGAAAGCUCCUUCAUCUCCCUCUGAACCAUAUGCUUGAAACCAUCCCUUCCAUUUUGGCAUACAUUAAUUUUGAGGAGAUAGUUGAUGGGGUUGGUUUGUUAGGCCAGUUUAGAUUCAGGAGUCCGCGUUAUAUUUCUGGCUUUCAUUGAUAGAGCGCGGCUAGUUCGGUAUAUAUAAUAGAUAUGUGACUUCUACCAUUUGAAACUUCUGAUUUAGUCUCCCAUCAUGUUUUAUAUCUUUAUCAAACUAUAGUAAUCUUGGUGGAACUAUGUGGAUGAUAUUUUCUAAGUUAUCUUAUUCAUCUCAGACAUCGAGUGGUUAUAA